AUGUCUUCCACACGUCGCAUUCGUCCUGUUGAUUUCGCGCAUCCGGGCACUUUCAAUCGAGCCAGACGUGGGCUAGUCGAGAAUUACUUCGAGAGCGGCUUUCGAUAUUCAUCGACCCUCGCCGCACAUGAUUCUUGUGUAAACGCAUUGGUCUACUCGAAACUCGGAGGUAGAUUUUUGGCUAGUGGAGGCGAUGACAGGCGCAUAUUGUUGUGGGAUCUUCAUCGAGAAACUUCUUCGGAGGACAGCGUGCAGCCGUCAUGCACCUUCUUGGGCCACAGAGUUUGUUAUUUUCGCGGUGCUGACUCUUGUGCUCCUAGAGGAGGAACGGAUGACACAAUUCUGAAGUUCGAUCUCAAUCGAUGGACUACGUUUCCAGAACCUGGCCACAGUGAUUCUGCAGCAGCCCAAGUCUUCGGGCAGCACGCGGACAGCAUCCGGGAAGUCUCUUGUCACCCGUCCCAGGAGGACGUGUUUCUAAGUGCCAGCGACGAUGGCUGCAUUCUGCUUCACGAUGGCCGCGAUGGGUCACGAAUGUCACAAGCCCAGGGUACCUUACAACAUACGACCGAAAUUACGGGCGUUAGAUUCCAUCCCCGGAUGGAGCACAUUUUCGCCACAAGCGACAACAAAGGCAAAGUCUGCCUACGCGAUAUGCGGAUGGCGUUUGGUCCUCUUCAUCAAAGGUCGCAGGAAGGUGUUGUAUUGCAGUUCGCGACCACCCUUGUGAAGAAGGGUAUAGAACUUCAAGGCUACUACCGACCAGAAGCAAGCAGUAUCUCUUUCGAUUCGGAAGGAACGAAGCUUGCGGUCGUACUUUUGCACUAUUAUCCCACUAUAUACUCCAUCAAAUAUCCGUAUCCGCUGGCAACAUGCAGCGGUAGCAACCUCCCAGAUGGAAGUCCCGUCCCGCCUGGAACGCGAAAAUUCUCGAACUCGUGCACGGUCAAGCACGGCUCAUUCGGUGGCGAGGCAAAUGGAGAUGAUUGCUACGCAUUUGGGUCGGACGAUUUUCGUGGAUACGUGUGGAAGAUACCUCCGCUACAGCACCUUGAAGAGCAACGUACAGUAAUCAAUAAUCACGAUAACUACGGCAGGGACACAACUUCCGGCACGAUAGCUUUCACUGAUGGCAGGAAGCGGUCCGAUGCAUACGUCCCAGUAGACCUUUCAACGCCGCUCUUCCAUCUCAAUGGGCAUAAGUCCAUCGUGAACACCGCCCUUAUCCAUCCCGUCUACCCACUCAUUAUGACCUCCGGCAUCGAACGCCACAUCUUCAUGCACAGUCCCACGCCGUCAACGCCCUGCGCUUCCAACCUCUCCCUUACUCCCACAGAAGUCCGCAAGCUUCUAGAGGCUUCAGCUGAGAGCCGUCGGAGGUUCAUGUUAGCGAUGAUGGGUACACCUGUUGACUCACUUGAUCCUGGUGGAGAACUCGGCCAAGAUGGGGCAUCUAUCGAGUUGUUUGACGAAAUCUUAAGGCAGGAAGGCGAAGCGGAUUUGUUUAGAGCGGCGACGCUGUCGACGACCGGAAGUGAUUCAGACUUCGAGGAGGACAAUAUGUUGCGGUCGGACGACGAAGAAAAUCAGGAUGAUGAUCUUGUCAUGGACUAG